CUCUCCAAAAAGUAGCCAUUGAAGUUACAAUUGAAUAUUUCCAUGAAAUGUCUUUAUUUGCAUACGUUGGUAUGGACAGCAUCCUUCGGUCCAUACCAACAUUUAUUGCAUAAUUGCAUGCAUGAUAGAACCCAGGCCCGUUUUUUUCCACGGGCCAAAAUGGAACCACGGGUUCAAAUGGAAGGAAAAGUCUUAAACUGUGAUGCAAAAUGAGGAUUUUUGUUCUUCUACGCCGCGAUACCCAGAUGAACCCUUUUUUUCCCGCUAAUUGCGCUGGUGUCAUGGAUGUUAUUUUUUGUCAACUUAGUCCUCAACAUGACCUCCAUUUCUUUGCAUGCACAGUUGCGCUCUCCUCCGCAUGUCCUGCACUGCUCGCCUGAUCAUUCCCGUCACUCCGGAGGAUGUGAACUCCAGCUCUGAUUUGCUGUUCAGCGUCGUGGAGGUCAAGUGGUGGUGUCAAAUCAGACGUUCCUGGCUGGACCUUUCCAACAUGAAGGUGCUGUUGUGAUAUUUGCUCGUCCACUGUGACGUGCUCCAGAGAGGACGAGCUUUGAUGACCCACAUUGACUCGACUGUCCCAAAAAGAUCAAAUAAUUCACCCUAAAUACACAAAGUGGAGUUUGCCAGUGAUGGUAGAUCAUUCCCAGAAGACCCGCGCCUGUCACUUGUCUGACACGGGGACAGAGUUGGACUACAAGGUGAUGCCGUCGCCAUUUUCAGAGGACGACUUGAGUGAGUCCUCCAGUCCUCGUUCCUGCUCCAGCCCGGACUCGCAGGUUCUCAGCUCCAGCUUUGGCAGUAACUCCAGCACUGAGACCAGCAUCCUGGACCAGCUGCUUUCCCAGACCUCUUUAGGAGGAGCCAGCAAUGCUGUUGCAGCGUCUGUGGCAUCUAUACCAUUAUCUUCUGUCCUCUGGGAUGACGCCUCCAAAUGUGAAUCAGGGAAGAAGGAAGGUUUGGACCUGUUUUCUUGGUCCAAACAACAUCGAGGCUCCUUCCAGCCCACACUGGAAGAAAUCGAAGAAUUCCUGGAGGAGAAUAUGGAGGUGGUGACCAUGAAGCAGGAACAUCAAGGAGGUGGGCCGGGGAUUGGAAUGGGACCAGAAGAUGUUGGACUGGAGUGUUUUCAGGAGGCUUCUUGUGAGACAAAGCUGGAAGUCAAGUGUUCAGACCAAACUGUUCCCAUUGCUUGCACGGCCUCUAGCGAGAGCAAACCCUUAUCUUCUAACCUACCUUGUAAGAAGAAGCCGUCUCCAAGCAAACCUUCAUCAGCAGACAAAGCCGGCAGUGGUGGGAUCAUCCUUCACAUUCAGCCCCUGCACAUCAAACAGGAGCCAACGGUGGUACCUGUAGUCCAGCCCCCUUUAGACCUCACCUUGGCACAGCUAGUGGUCAACAUCCAAGGUCAGACCUUUGCCCUGGUACCCCACGUCCUGCCCUCCCCGAGCUUUGACGUCUCCUCCAAGUUUGUACGCAUCGCUCCCGUCCCCAUCGCAGCCAAGCCUGUCGGCAGCGGAGACCACAUCACCGGCCAAGGAGGAGGGAUUCAGAAGUUCCUGAAGAACCCGGUGGCGGAUCUUAUAAAAAUGCACAAAUGCACUUUCCCUGGCUGCAACAAGAUGUACACAAAGAGCAGCCACCUGAAGGCCCACCUGAGAAGACACACUGGCGAAAAACCUUUUGCCUGCAACUGGCAGGGAUGUGGAUGGCGAUUCUCCCGGUCAGACGAGCUAUCGCGACACCGGCGCUCCCACUCGGGGGUGAAGCCUUACCAAUGUCCAGUAUGUGACAAGAAGUUUGCCCGCAGUGACCAUCUGUCCAAACACGUCAAAGUGCACCGUUUUCCACGAAGCAGUUGUACAGGUCGCUCAGCAAAAUGAAGUCUACCAUCACUUGUGGAUGUGUGAAGUACGCCCCCCCCUAUAUCUCUACAACGCCACACAAGCAUCAAUACACUGGGGGGGAAUAAGUAUUUGAUCCCCUUUUGUUAGCUUACCCCCUUCGAAAGAUAUGAACAGUACAGGAUUUUUAUGCUAGAUUUAUUUUAACAGAGACAGAAUGUCAAAAAAACCCCUGAAAUACGUAAUAGAGGAUGUACUGUUCAUAUCUUUGUAAGGGGUAAAGGGGGUAAAGAUCCAGAAAAGGGGGCAGAUACUUCGUGUUUCCCACACUGUACAUGAGUGUGUGCAAGGAAAACCCGAUACACCCGCUAUGUAAUCACAGACUUCCUGGUGCUUUCAUGUUGUUUGGUCUUAUGGUUCAGAAUUCUCUCCUGCCGCCGCACAGAAGAUAAUAUAUCUUUUUUUAAAUUUAAGAGUAUGUUUCCCUUGGAGAACAGCAGAUUGCCUUUUUAUCUGCUUGGAAGUCAGCAGCGUUUUGGACAUCAGUCUUGUUAUGCAAACUGCAGAAGGAGUGCCAGUCAUUUGGGUCACUUAGUAGUAGCAGCACUGCUAGUACUUGCCAUGGUAGUAGAUUUGCCCUGGCAUCCAGCCUCAUGGAAACGCAGCUGGUGUUUUUAUUCUAUAACCUCAAUAAGCUACUGAGACUUGUCUCACAUUUUACACUUGAACCCAUAAGAAGCCAUAAGACUUGAAACGUGUUCGAACGUGUCCUUGAACUCAUCAAGUCGCUAAGUGACAUAAAGGAAAAAUUGAGGAGUGCUCGUCAUGUGACUAUACCAGCGAUGUGUGUUACCACUGAUUCAGGCUUGUACGACCCUUAAUUUGUCUGGGAAAAUGUGAAAAAGUAAUUUAUUAAAAUUUAAAAUGGGCUUAUUCCAGACAUGAUAAUGGUAAUUGUUUAAUUUAUUUGAACAUGCAUACAAGUUAGACUGGACUACAUCACAUAACACAAUUCACAGUUCUACAUGUCCAAAAAGGAGUAGGAAGAAGCAAAGCUUAUUUAACGCUAACCUCCAUCUGUUUCACAUCAAUUGCAAUACAUUUAUUCACUUCCUGUAUUACAGAUGUACUCUUUGCUAGCUUAAAAUUUAUAGGAUAAUGACAAGGUAAUAUAAAGUAACAUGGUGUGACAUAGUGAUUAAUCAUGAUUAAUUCAUUUGAAAAACGUGAUUAAUCUGAUUAAAAAUGUUAAUCCUUUCACAGCCCUAAAUAGAACACCUCAAUUGUUAUUGAUAUUACAUUGCGUUAGCGGCAUGAUUUGCAAUAUAGCCAAGCUACUGCACAACAGUAACAGGAUUAUGUGCAAAGUGUCAAAAAGGUGUGUUAAACAAUAAAAAAAGAAAAUAAAUAAAACCCUUUAAGUAAAUUAAGAAAACAAAUUCAUGAUCACUUCAAACUCAAUUGGUUACUUUCCAGUGUUCUGGUUAACGAUACCAUAUUUUGAGUAUCGAUUUUAGCACUUAAAGAUCAGGGCCUGUAUUCACAAAGCACCCUAAGGCUAAAAAUAGCUCUAAGUGAUGUCACUCAGAUUCUAAGAUUUUUCUUUGAAUUUUUACUUGCUAAGAUAAAUGUUAGUCACAAAGCGUCUUAGACCUUAAGAGAGCUCUUAAGGUGGCAAAAUGUUAGUACUGGGGAGGAGAAGCUUCAAGAAGCCUAAGAGUCAGCAAUCACAGGAAUGGCUAACAGCUGAGUCUGUGUCCGCCAUUAAUAUCAAAUAUGUUACGUAGUAAAAUUACCAGCACAGCAUGUCUUUCCCAAAAUGGCGGUGUGUCAGCAGGUAAGCUAGCUCAUUUCCAAGAGCUUAUUUCAGUAUUACAAUGCAAGUAUUACAAUUCUUACUACCUGUAUAUUUCUUCAGUCAAUUCAUAGAAAACAAGCUAGGAAAACAUCGCUAUCGGUGUGUUAGCCUUCAUAUUGCCAUGGUUAUUAUUUUCUGUAUAGACCAGGGGCGUCCAAAGUGGGGCCCUGUUGGCCAUUUGAUUUUUAUGAGCACAUGUCACGUUGUAGAAAUAAAAUUAAACCAAAGAAAUCAACAAAAAUAGGGAAAAAAAGAUCAAAAAGUCACAAUGUAAAGAGAAAUGUUUAUACUAAUAACUAAUAAUACAGCAAAACUUUGUCAUUAAAUUAGGGCUGUCAAUCAAUUAAAAUAUUUAAUUGUGAUUAAUCACAUUUUUGUCUAUAGUUAACUCAUAAUUUAUCGCAAUUCGGGUUAAGAUACGAUUAAAAACAAUAUAUUUAAAAAACAGAACGAUUAAACACAGUGUACAAACGAAUAAAUUUGAUACGAUUCAGCGAUGAAGACAUUGACGUUGAUGUAGACAUUAAUCUUACAAUACAAAAUAAAGAAACCAAUUAUUCUGAAGUGUCAUACUUACAGUCAUUCUUACCACCGGGCUGUGGGAAACGUUCAGGCGCAAUGAUUCCAAAAAAUGUUUAAAAAAGUAAAAUAAUUUGUAAAUAACAUCAAA